AUGGGGCUAGUAGGCUACUCAGAUUCGGAAGGCUCAGAUGCCGAGCCAGAUACUACACCCGCCCCCCAGAUCACCAAGGCAAAGAAGGUCGACUCCAAAACUGGGUUCCAGGUCGACCGCAACAACCCGCGCAGGAUCCGCAUGACCAUUCCAGAAAUCAAACCCGAACACCCAUCCGGCGAAGAUCCCGAAGAUGGUUCACGCAAAAAGCCUCGGUUAGGGGGAGGUAGCCUUGCGGGAUUCAACUCUUUCCUUCCAGCGCCGAAACGAACAGCUGAAAAGAAAACACCAGUGGCGACAACACGAAAAGCGUUUAGUCUCAAAACAGGUGCAGGCCCUGGAUUCGAUCGCUCAGCCGAUGCGGAGAUGAGAAAUGAUUAUGCUUUUGAAGAUCUAGCGGGAGAUGCGGACACCACAUCUGCACCUGGCAGCUCAAAACCCGACACUACAUCAGAUGCACCGGACACAAUGAAAAGUCCCGUGGAGGUCAAGCUCCAAGGAAAUCCGAUGAUGUUCAGACCGUUAUCCGUCGGGCGACCUCAAAAGAAGAGAAAGACCACCAAGAUUGCUGAGCAACCAACACCAUCAGCGGCGCCGAAGCCUGCUCAACCUCUACAGCAAGCCCCUACAUCUGCAUCUACAUCUGCACCUGCACCUGCACCCGCACCACCAAAACCCAAAGUCAAUCUCUUCUCUCUAUCAUCGGAAACUACUUCUCAGCCAGAUUCGGCACCUGGACCACCAGCAACCUACCAGCCGCUAGUAUACAACGCCGAAGGCGAAGAAGAACCAGCAGCUGGUCCAGUACUCGCCGAGCCUACACAAAUCGCCAUAGACCGUUCAACGGCAACAGUAUCAACCAAUCCUACAUCAUCCUUGGACAGCAUCGCCAACGAUCUGAACUUGUCCAAGUCUGAAAGACGUCAGCUCUUCGGUCGGAAUGCCAAUGUCACCUCGUCGCAGUCACAGGUGCGUACCUUCAACACAGACGAGGAGUACGCGUCGAACAAGGUUCUGGCGGAAGGCGAGCUGGCCGGAGCACAGCACAACCCUGUGCGCUCCAUUGCGCCGGGCAAGCAUACCCUCCAGCAAUUACUCAAUGUUGCAAGUUCGCAGAAGGAGGCAUUGGAGGAAAGCUUUGCAACGGGUCGGAGAAAUAAGAAGGAAGCUGGAUCCAAGUACGGAUGGUAG